AUGACCGUGGAGAAACAGCUUGUCACUGCCGCUACCGCAGCUUCCAUAGCCGCCCUGACCGCAUGUGUCAUCGUACUUCCUGGUCUCUACAGAGAUCUCGUCGAAAUUCAUGGCCUGGUAAUGGAUACAGUAGCAGCAUUUCGUCUCGAGACCGAUUCGGCAUGGAACGAAAUGAGGAUCAUACAUGCUCGAUUGUUGCCACCCUCAAGACCUCACCGGAAUCCGUUCACCUCCAUAUUCCGAUCCAAGAAACAUUCGCUACCAGCAUGGUGCAUCUGUGAACCGAUGAAAAUCGAUUGUCCUCCAGGACCUGUUGGACCUCCAGGACCAGCUGGACUGCCUGGAAUACCUGGACAACCUGGAGCACCAGGAAAGGACGACGUCACGGUUUACGCACCAAUACAUUGCCCGCCUCCACCUCUGGGAUGUGUGAGAUGUCCAGCCGGACCACCAGGACUGCCGGGGCCUGACGGACCAGAAGGUCCUCCUGGAAAGCCUGGCCUACCAGGACUGCCUGGCAUGACCGGUAUGGACGGUAAAGCUGGAUGUGAAGGACCAGUUGGAAAUCCAGGCCCACAAGGUAAUCCAGGACUGGAUGGACGUGAUGGCGAAGACGGUAAAGACGGAGUUAAAGCUCUACCCGGCCCACCAGGAGGUCAAGGACCUGCAGGACCAGCUGGUCCAGCAGGUAAGCCGGGAACCGAAGGAAACCCUGGUGUGCCUGGAGAAAAAGGCCCCAGGGGCGAACCUGGAGAAAAGGGUGCAUUCGGUUUGAAUGGACCUGAUGGCGCUCCUGGGCAGCCAGGUAUGCCUGGUAUGGCUGGCAACGACAAGGAUUACUGCGAAUGUCCCAAACGGCGAGCUAAGAAAACAAAGACAAAGCGGACGAAUGCGAAAAAAAUUGCUUGA